AUGGAGUCCCAAAACGGCAGCAACAUUUGUAACAACGGAUCGGCUCUGAUCUUCCUUGGUACGGGGUGCUCGAGCGCCGUCCCCAACGCCAGGUGCCUCCUCCAGCCCUCAGAUCCUCCCUGCUCCGUUUGCUCUCCAGCCAUCUCCGUCCCGUCCAUCCAAAACCCUAACUACAGGUGCAAUACAUCACUUCUUAUAGAUUACUACAGCGAGAGUGAUAAUAGACACAGCUAUAUAUUGAUUGAUGUGGGCAAGACAUUUAGGGAGCAAGUUCUUAGGUGGUUUACUUUCCACAACAUUCCUCGUGUUGAUUCUGUCAUUUUGACUCAUGAACAUGCGGAUGCAGUUCUUGGUCUUGACGACAUACGUGCUGUGCAACCUUAUAGCCCUACAAAUGACAUUGAUCCCACUCCCAUCUACCUAAGUAGGCAUGCAAUGGAUAGCAUUGCAGAGAAAUUCCCUUACUUGGUACAAAAAAAAUUGAAGCCAGGUCAGGAAAUAAGACGAGUAGCACAGCUGGACUGGCAGAUAAUUGAGGAAGACUAUCAGAGACCAUUUGUUGCAUCGGGCAUACAGUUUGUUCCUUUGCCAGUUAUGCAUGGAGAAGAUUAUAUUUCUCUGGGUUUUCUCUUUGGUGAAAAAUGUAGAGUAGCUUAUAUAUCUGAUGUUUCACGCAUUCCAUCUAGCACAGAGCAUGUAAUUUCCAAAGCUGGUGCAGGGCAGCUGGAUAUUCUUAUUUUGGACACUUUGUACAGGAAUGGAUCACAUAAUACACACUUUUGCCUCCCUCAGACUUUAGAGACGGUGAAGAGAUUAUGCCCAAAACGAGCUCUUUUAAUUGGAAUGACUCAUGAGUUUGAUCAUUACAAGGACAAUGACUAUCUAAUGGAAUGGUCUCAAAGGGAAGGAAUACCAGUGCAGCUCGCGCAUGAUGGUCUGAGAAUUCCUGUAGACCUAUCAUAA